UUGGGCUUCCUGCAGUCCAACGUGUUUCAGAAAUAUUCACGUGUGUUUCUUGGUGUGGGGACGGAGUUUAUACUCAUUCAUAGUACCGAACAGCAUCGUUAAUUCCAACGCAGUCUAAGGGCGCUGGGAUAAAUUAGGAGAACAGUAGAGGGGUUGUUUCAGUAGAGCUGUACAGGAUCAGUCAUGGGGAGGAAGUUUGAUCCCACCACCAAGGUGAAGCGUGGACCUGGACGGAAAGCCAGGAAGCAGAAAGGCGCGGAGACCGAGCUAUCCAAGCUUUUAGUGGAUGAGGAUAAGCCUAAAAAACUGUCCAGCAGAGCCAGAAAACGUGCUGUGAAGAGAGCACAGGGUGCCACUACACACACACAAGAAAAACAGCCCAAGAAAGGAUUCUCGGAUGACAACAGAGAAUGGCUGACACCAGCAAAGCGAAAGCGCAAAAUUGACCAUUCAGAAGGGGACGAGGACAGCGACAGCCAGUGGGAGGAAGAGGACGAAGAUGGUGAUGAAGUAGAGGCUAUAGAGGAAGGAGAAAAAGAACAACUUAAUGAUGAUGAUGAUGACGACGACGACGAUUUGGUGGAUGACUAUGGAGCGAUGGAAGAUAGCAGUGAAGGAGAAGAGGAGGAAGAAGCAGGCAGUGAUGGAGAGGAGUUGCUGCCUAUCGAACGAGCUGCCAGGAAACAGAAAAAACGUCAGGAAGCUGCAGCACAGGAGAGUGAAGACGAGGAGGAUGACGACGAGGAGGAGGAGGAGGAGGAAGAAGAAGGUGAAAAAAUGGAUGAUCAAGAGGAGGAAGAAGAGGACACAGUGCAGGCAAAUAUUGACCACAUAGACAAGUUUAAACUGCCUAGUGCAAAGGAGAGAGAGAGAGAGGGACUUUUGCCUCAAGACCUGCAGAGUGUGCACCAGAGGAUCAAAGACAACAUGGAUGUGCUCUCCCACUUCAGAGAGAAGAGAGAGGAGGGCAGAGAGCGAGCAGAGUAUCUCUCACUGCUGAAAUCAGACCUCUGCACAUACUACAGCUACAACGAGUUCCUCAUGGGCUGUCUCAUGGAACUGUUUCCUUACGCUGAGCUUCUAGAUUUUCUGGAGGCCAAUGAAGUUCAGAGGCCCAUCACCAUCAGGACCAAUACCCUUAAAACCAGGAGGAGAGACUUGGCUCAGGCUCUGAUCAAUAGGGGUGUAAAUCUGGAUCCUUUGGGGAAGUGGUCUAAAGUGGGCCUGGUCAUCUUUGAUUCUUCAGUUCCCAUAGGUGCAACUCCUGAGUAUCUAGCUGGUCACUACAUGCUGCAGGGAGCUUCGUCACUGCUUCCUGUAAUGGCGCUCUCUCCUCAGGAGGGGGAGUCUGUGCUGGACAUGAGUGCGGCUCCUGGGGGAAAGACCACAUAUAUAGCCCAACUGAUGAGAAACACAGGAGUGAUAGUUGCUAAUGAUGCCAGUGCUGAGAGGCUGAAAAGUGUUGUGGGAAACAUCCAUCGCCUGGGAGUCACCAAUACCAUCAUUUGUAACUAUGAUGGCAGACAGUUUCCUAAGGUGAUGGGAGGUUUUGACAGAGUGUUAUUAGACGCUCCUUGCUCAGGUACAGGGGUCAUCUCUAAAGAUCCAGCAGUGAAAACUAGCAAGGAUAAGUCCGAUAUUCUGCGCUCGGCUCAUCUACAGAAGGAGCUGAUUCUGGCUGCCAUUGACUCGGUGAAUGCUGACUCGCAGACGGGUGGUUAUCUUGUCUACUGCACCUGCUCCAUUACGGUGGAAGAGAAUGAGUGGGUUGUGGAUUAUGCCCUAAAGAAGAGAAAUGUAAAACUGGUUCCCACAGGAUUAGACUUUGGCAAAGAAGGCUUCACGAGAUUUAAAGAGCGACGUUUCCACCCUUCACUUAAGCUUUCUCGGCGGUUCUAUCCUCAUUCCCACAACAUGGAUGGCUUCUUUGUGGCAAAGCUGAAAAAGUUCUCAAACACCAUUCCCGUUGCACCUGCAGAAGAUAAUGAAAAGGCCAACAAAAAAGAAACAGCUGCUACAUCAGAGAAAAAAACCUCCAAACCAGAGCCUAAGCAGCAGAGCAAAGGUACACAGGGAAAAGUCAAAGAGACCAAGCAACAAUCAAAAGCUACUAGCAACAGCAAAACUGAAAGCCCCACUGCCAAGAAAAAGUCAGUGGUAAAAGGUAAAAAAUUAAAGGAUGAAGGUCCCAAAAAGAAAUUGGCAAAAAUGGAUGAGCAGAAUUCAAAGGAAGGCAAGACCAAAGAAAAGCUCAAAGUCCUGAAAGUGGACAAAGACGUAACAAAUGAGUCUGUGACUGAGAAAGCAGAGGGAAGCUUGCUUAAGAAGAAGACAAACAAAAAGAAUCAGAAGAGCCUCUUUAAAAGAAGGAAGGAUAAAAUGGGGGGAAAAAAACCAAGAACUUAAAAAAUGUGCUGAAGCAACAAGAGGCUGGACAGUAGAAUGGAGCUUUUAUAAUGAAACAAGAAAAGUUCCUUAAGACAUUUGUGUAUACCGUGGACUUUAAAAAAAAAAAGACUUUAACGUCUUCUAGGAUGUGCUAGAACAUGGACUUUUGUUUGCUGUUCCUAUCAAACCAAGCAAAGUAUAUUGUAAACAACACAUGAAUAAAUCGUUUGGUUUACCUGUAAGAAUAAUAGUUUAAAAAUAUGUUCUGUCUUAUCUUCUUGAAAAAAAUAUUUUAUGAAAUAAUGCAUUUUAAUUUUGGAUUUAAAUAUGUAUUGGGCUCUUUGCGGCCAUUGAUGUCACAUUGGCAAAAUAAAUUUUGAUACAAAUUUGGCUGGAUAU